UAUAGGAGAAUGGACUGAUUGUCGUGCAUAAAAUAGCCACGACUGCUGUUCUUAUAGACUUUUUGUGUUUUUCGUUCUAACGGUUUUAAACUAGCCAACAACACUGUUGAUCGAUCAUUUUUAACUUUCAAGUGUUUACACCAAACAAAAAGUGGUUCUCCAAAAUGGAACAGCGAACUAUUUCACGAAUGACUCAAAAACCUAUUCGGUUAUCGGCCCUUGGUCGUGAUGUGAAAGUAGGAGACCUCUACAACUACAAAAACGACUUAAUUUUGAAAAAUAAAACUGUUGAUUUGCUGAACGAAAACAUUGGUUCCGUUUCAGCUUUUAAGAAUAGAAGUUUUUACUUGAAACCAGAUGACAAGUUAAAACGUCACAUACUAGGAAUCAAUUCGCACUUCAACCACAGCAUCAAUAACGGGGCAUUGAACGAAACUUGUUUGUGGUUCAACGAUUACUUCUUACAGAACAGCUCAACUAAAGAGGAUGACAAAAAUGUGGCUAAAACUGAUUUUUUCUUCCGAUUAAAGCGAUACACCAAAACAAUUAACAGAAAACAUUUCAGCGAUUCAAAAAUGCACGAGUAUCAAUUAUUUUCCGGAGGAAGAGCAACACAUUUGGUGGAAGAAGUCGUUUAUGGAGCCGAGUUCAUCUGUUCCAUGCGGAGAGACUUCGAUCAGAGCGAAACCAAAGAAAACGCCGAAAAAAGUCUGCAAAUGGCAGCUAAAGCUUAUAUUGAUGAGGCCAUCAAUCCGAAUUCGAUUUCAUUGAAGGAACAGCCAAAAGAGUUAGCCAAUGUCAUUUGUACAAAUUACUGCAGUCUUAGUGAUAAGGUAAAGAAGCAGUGCUCAAUCCAACAGUUCUGUGAAUGGCUAAGAGAAACUGUCGGUUUUGACAAAGAUUUCGCCGGAAGCAAGUGGCAAGCUAUUGAAAUUGUUCUCAGAUACAUUCCGGACCAAAUUGGAGCUCAAGUUUUGUUUGAAAUGAAGAACGAUUUUAACCUUGAAAAGGAACUAAUUAGAGCUCAGUUUAUUUAUAUUCAGAAAGAGAGUUCUGAAAUAUCAAAAUUGCCGUUAAUCGAUUCUGUCCCUCCAUUCGAAAAAAUGAUUUAUCAGUUUCUUAAUCUUCUUUCGAAACUUGAAAAAAAGUUAAACCUAUGGGAUAAAACUGAUUUUUAUUCGACGCCAGUUUCAGAAAAAGUUUUAAGUGAAAUGGAAGAAAUGUCAGAUUUGUUUGAUGACAUGGCCGAGUGGUUAUUCAAACGACGAAUUAAUAUUGAAAAGAUGUGUUUACUGUUAAAAGACAUAAAACUCAGAAUGUUCGAUUUAUCAGAGAGCAAAGCUCUGGAACCAAUAGCCAAUGAAGAAUUCGCACAGGUGUUUUUGUUAAAGAUGGACUACGUAAAAGACCCACUGUUGGCGCGCAUUCAGAAAUUAAUUGGAACUCCAGAUCCUUUUUUCAAACUUCCUGUUUUCCCAUUUUUGGCUGUUGGCGAACAUCGUUUUAGAUGCAUUGAAGAAAGUUUGAAAUCGUUUGAUUUGGAAUCUUCCUCCCAUACUAACACCCCUUAUCUGAUAGGACUAGUAACUGCUUCCUCCCCAUUUAACGAUGGUGAAAUUCAAAACUUGAAAUAUUUUUACGAAUCAAAAAAUAUUAACCAAAGAGAAGAUCAGCCUUAUCUUUCGAAUUCGUCUGUUUCAACAUCACGGGAAGAGAAAAAUUUUGAUUCAUCACACCCUAGCCAUCAACCGAAAAAUAUAGACGAAGGUAUUCAUAAAUUUGGCCCUACUGAACGAGAACGUCACCAACUCACCGAAGAACAGUGCUUCAGUACAACAGAGGACGGAUCCAAAACAGAGUUAACGUGUCAUAUUCAAACUGAAACAGAGAACCUUUCUGUGCCACCUUCGUCUAUCUUAAUAGGCAAUACAAAAGACGCGGGAAAAGUAUCAAAUGAUGGUUCACAAUUAACCACCGAGAUACUUGCGGAAAAUUUGACAAAAAAGUCCAAUCAAAUGGAACCAAGCAAAGUUAAUUCAGAAGGGGUACUCAGUUCUGACGGACAAAACAACAUAGCGGCAAUGACGGAAAACAACACGGACGAGAACUGUCAACGCCAAUCCACAAAAAAAUCCUAUACCGUAGCAGAUCGCUUAGAAUAUGGCCAAUUAAUUAAGCGCGAAGAAAAACUAGAUAGUAACAUGCCCAGCAAAAUUCAAACGAAGAGAAUGCAAACAAAUCCAUCAAUUGUAAACUCAUCAACGUGUCAGGUUGAUGAAAAUUCAGCUGUAGUUCAAGGCCAAGUUCCUAACAAAGAAAUCGACUUCCACAGAAUGGAUCAGGGGACCACACCAAACGUACUCCGUCACAAGAGUCAAAACAGCACAGCAACAACGCAGGAUUGCAAUCUGGAAGAGAACUUGCAACGAAAGUCAAAAGAAACCUCUGAAAUCGAAUCUGAUCGCAUGGGAAAUGGCCAAUUCAGUAAAUUCAAAGGAAAACUAGAUAAGAACACACCCAGCAAAACAGAAACGGAAAACAAGCAAACGAAUCCAUCAGUUGCAGACACGUCGUCCCAUCAAGACGAAAACCCAGCUGUAGUUCAAGAAAAACUCUCUUCAAUGGCGAUCGACCGCCACACAAUGGAUCAGGGGAGUAUAUCAAACGAGCAAAGUGUGCCAGAGAAAAAGAAAAUCGCCGAAGUAUUUACGCAAGAAGAAUUCGCCAAACUAAAAAAAGACGGUCAGCCCAUGGUCUACCAGCUCAACAUCAAGGAAAGAUCAGUCGGUGAAAACCUGCGACAUUUUGAAAUAACGGGUCAAAGGGACACCGUUUCGUCGUCACAAAACAGUCAAAACCACAAAGUAAUUAUACUGAUGGGUGCCACUGGAUCCGGCAAGAGCACGCUCAUCAACGGAAUGAUUAAUUACAUCCUGGGUGUCCAGUGGAAGGAUCCGUUUCGUUUUGAAUGCGUCCGUGAAGACAGUUCCGUCGUCAGAAAUGAGGCCCACAGUCAAACGGACUCGGUAACAGCUUACACUCUCCACCACCGCGAAGGAAUGACCGUUCCGUACUCAAUCACCCUGAUCGACACGCCCGGUUAUGGAGACACAAGAGGUAUCGAAAGAGAUAAGGAAAUUACAAGUUGCAUUCAUCGUUUCCUGACUGAGCAAGGGCAAGGGUUUAAAAUCGACCAAAUUCACGCCAUUUGUUUUGUGGCUGCUUCGGGUAAUAGUCGACUGACUCCUACGCAACGCUAUGUACUUGAUUCAGUUCUGUCAAUCUUUGGUAAAGAUGUCAAGGAGAACAUUCGACUGCUGGUGACGUUCGCUGAUAACUCCACUCCGCCCGUAGUCGAGGCCUGCCGAGCCGCCCAUUUCCCCAUGACUUCACCGUCGGCCGGCGUCAUGUACAACCAAUUCAACAGUUCAGUCCUCUACGCUUCCAACGAAAAAAAGGAAGAUUCUCGUAUUAAGAUUAAGGAAAUCAUGUGGAACAUGGGGCAAAGGAAUUACAAAUCGUUUUUUGCAAUGUUGGAAAGCAUGAAUGGAUGCGACUUGAAGUCCACCCGACAAGUUAUCCGGAAUCGCCAACUGCUGGAACAGUCGCUCCAAGAAAUUGAAAAAGAACUAGAAGUUUGCUUUGUCACCAUUGAAAACUUGGAAAAUAAAUCUCUGUGCGGAAACAAUUCCGACAUUAAAUGGAAAAGCCAUCAAGACCUGGUAGAAAAAAUAAAAGUGAUGAGCUUGCUGGACAAAGUUAACAAAAGCGAUCGUGUUCUGGAUUCAGGGGCUUUGCGUUCUCAUUCACCAAGUCCGGACGAGUAUUUUAGUUUGAUAAGAAGUCGUGUUGCGGAUGAAAAAAAACCUGGCUACGAAAUUCGUUUGCAGACGUUGACUGAACUGCAAAAUUGGUUUAACGAAAAUAACGUGGAUGAGGCACUUAAGUCAAAAUCGGCAAAUUUUCCGCUAAUAUUUCCAGACAAAUCUAGCGGACAUGCCACUCAACGGAAAAGAAGUUUUAAGCAUAAUCCUACUAACCGUGCAAAGUUGCCGCCACAUAAUCGCCAGAACUUUUUUGAUUCAUACUUAACGCGACCGUCCACAGCUGCCCCUAAUAAAAGAAGUGGUCAAGAACAGAGCACGACUGUGCGUGAAAGCCACAAUGAAGUUCGUAGAAACGAACCCCCAAUUCGACAGUCUACAGCCGGAGAAACCGACACAAAAAGAAAUCAGUCAACGGAGGAAAAUUCUACCAGCGUCAAUCACGACAGCAAAAUACAUGAAAAUCUGACAGGUUGCGCAGAAGACUGUUGUUAUCCUCCCACCUCCAUCGCGAAUGUCCCCAUCCAUCCAAAGUCAGCCGAAAAUCGCGAAAAACGUUGUGCUAAUGCAUUAGCGACAGGAAAUGAACACACUUGUGUAGAGUCGUUUUCUUGGGAGACGGCUGACGGAAGAAACGGGCUGCCGGCCUGCCGGGGCUGGUAAAAAAAGCGAAUUAAUUUUAAAAGGGAAAUAACAAAAUCGGUCAACCAUGAAACCGUCGUCUGCAUUCUAGAUUUCUAGUAGAAUUUUUUCUCCGAACAUGCUCCAAAGCUCCGAACAAUCACGAGACUAAAUAAAGUGUGGCUCAAA